GUUAACGAAGUUUGUCGAGGUGGACAGUGUGUGUCGGUGGAACAGCGGCCAAGCCCACGAUUGACUCAGGUUGAUUUGAUUGUGUUGUCACAGUUUGACGCUGGGUGUGGUUGUAUCGAGACAUAAAAAUUUAUCGGAGAGAUAGAAAAUCCUCUGAACACUUCGGUGUCGAGAGAUUUUUGGCCCGGAGAUUUCCAACAUUUGAGAAUUAAAUUUUUUGGUUGUUAUCGAGUGAUUGGAGAAUGAAGAAACGAAGUUUCUCGGGAAGUGUGGCUGUUGGUGUGUUUGUGGUUGCGUUGGUGUGCGUUGUGGUGGCUUUUGCUACCCCAGCGUGGCUAGCUAGUGACUGGAGGAUCACCAGCACUAGACUCGAUAAAUUCGGACUCUGGACACACUGUUUCAAGUCCCUUCCGGAUCCAGCGGCUGCUGAUGCACCCACGAAGUUCUUCGUCGGGUGCAGGUGGAUCUACGAUCCCUUCACUGCUGGGUGGUCGGAGAUCAGGGGAUUUUUAAUACCUCCCUUCAUGGUCGUCACCCAGUUAUUCUUCACGAUCUGCUUCCUCCUGAUGGUGGUAGCAUUUGCCCUCGUCAUUCUCUUCACGACAUGCGUGGACCCGGAGCACAAACGGUUCGUCCAGAUGAUCUACUCCAUCGGUUAUAUACUGAUAGUUGCUGGAGUCAGUGGUGGAAUCGCUGUCAUUGUUUUUGCGUGUCUGGCGAAUGGGAAGGGAUGGAUGCCAGAUCAUGACAACAAUUACUUCUCCUGGUCAUUUGCCCUGGGAGUCGUUGGCAGUGCUCUCGCGGUAAUCGCAGGGGGACUCUUCCUCGUCGAGGCGACUGUUCAGAAGAAGAAACGUACAUACUUGAAGGAGUCCCAGACGCGGUUCCAACUGGAGUCCAAGUCAUAAGGGAAGUUUUAUUUAUUGAUGCAGUAAUGCAACUGCUAUUGCUGCACUGAGAGAAAAAAACCAACGAGUCACGCCCAGAUGAGAUGAUUAUUCUAAUGUUUUUAUCUCGAUUAGAAUAACUGUUGGUGGAUAAAAGAAUUGUUUGGCUUCAGAGGUCGACUGUUUUUCUCUCAGUGUAUGUCCUCGGAACUAGUUCACGUCCGUUCAAUUCCGUCCAUUUUUUUGUAGCACAUAAUGAGAACAAAAAAUCAAGUGCCUUGUGACUGAUUCGGGAAUCAAUUGGCGAAAUAUAAUUUAUGAAGUUCAAGUUUUUGUUAAUUUUAACGUGGGGAAAAAAUGAUUGAAAAUUGACAGUCGCAUAAUCCACUGAUUAAUAACAAACCCCUGCCUUUCACAGCCAAAACGACAGAGGAGAAUAGAAAAGGGUAUUUUUAGCUUAAACUGGGUUCAACUCAAAGAAAUUGAUCACUGUUACUUUGUCUGUCCUUAAGUACAAAAUAAUAAAGAAGGAAAAAAUGAUCUAGAGCUUUACCUCCAGAAUUGCACUCACACCAGAGAUUUAUUUCAAUAAAUGCAACUGCAACUUAUGUAUGUUGACUUGAAUCUCCUCCACAAGUAUUCUAGUUUAUUUUAUAAGAUUUUUACAAUAAGACUAUUUACUGAUAUAAUGUACAUAUCGAGAAGAUAUCACUGUAUCAUUUUUACUUUGGAAUAAAUAGUUUAACAAAUGUUUUAUGUUUAA